AUGUCGCAAUCACAACCCUCUUCGCAACAGUCCUUCAGCAUGAGCCAAUCGCAACAAUUCAGACAUCAAUUGCCUGACCACGGCAAGAGGAUGGCCCAAAGUCAAGAACCCCCGCAGAUAUACAAGGCUGUUUACUCCAACGUGGAAGUAUAUGAGAUGGAGGUCAACAAUGUUGCCGUCAUGCGCCGACGAAGCGACAGCUGGCUGAACGCUACCCAAAUACUGAAGGUUGCCAAGAUCGACAAGGGAAAGCGGACCAAGAUUCUUGAGAAGGAGAUCCAGACGGGCGAACACGAGAAGGUUCAGGGCGGCUAUGGCAAAUACCAGGGGACAUGGAUUAGAUUCGAACGCGGCGUCGAGGUGUGCGACCACUACGGCGUGAGGGAGCUUCUGCGUCCCCUUCUUGAAUACGAUAUGGGUCACGACGGAGGCGUGCCCGGUCAAGGCGACUUUAACACCCCCACCAAGGAACAGGCCAUGGCCGCUCAGAGGAAACGCAACCUUAGUUCGAACAACGAUGCGCGGACGAAUGGCCAGGCGGGCACCUUCUUCAUGAAAAUCUCGAGUACUGCUUCGAAUGCGGUCGCCGCCAUCAGCAAGGCUCGUUUCGACUCACCGGGCCCAAGGGGUCGCAACGGGCUCACGAGGCCGCCCAGCUUCGGUCGACAGUCUUCGAUGCAGAGUGUGGGUGACUUCCCCGGAAACUCGCAACAGAGCUUCAACUCCGACUACGGCCAGAACGUGGACUCGGCGUACUCGACACAACAAAAUACACAGAAUAUGAACAAUAACGAGCCGCCGCCUAAGCGUCAACGUAUCGUUACUCCCGCCGAAAGCCUUGAAUACACGUCUCAGUCAAUGGAGAUGUACGCUAACAAUUUCCCUGGCUCGCCGACCGAACCCAAUGAAUCUUUCGUAUACGCCGGCAUCAAUAUCUAUGAAACAGAUGUCGUCCCGUUGCGUCCCUUACCCCAAGAGGUUUCCCCCGAGUCGGACCGGAAACGCAACUUACUGAUGGGCCUAUUCUUGGAUAUGGGCGCCAACGAUCUUGAUCCCGUUCAACACGAAGCACUCCGGGCCUUGAGCCCCGUGGAUCUCGAUACACCGAUCGACGCCUCGAGCCACACUGCCCUUCACUGGGCUGCCACACUAGCUCGAAUACCACUGCUCAGGGUACUAAUAUCGGCAGGAGCGAAUCCCUGCAGAGUCAAUGCCUCGGGCGAGACAGCUCUGAUGAGAGCCUCGGCUGUCACCAAUAAUUCUGAGCAGGUCUCGUUUCCUGAACUACUUGAUGUUCUGGGCAACACGAUCGAAAUACGGGACAACAGGGGCCGCACUGUCCUACAUCACAUCGCAUUGACGAGUGCCGUCAAGGGCCGAAUUCAUUCCAGUAGGUAUUACCUCGAGAGCCUUCUCGAAUGGGUCGUGAGGCAAGGCAGUGCACCGAGUAGUCAGAACACGGCGGUCAAUGGCGAAACGCCCGCGCCGAAAAUGGGAAUCGGAAGAUUUAUGAGCGAGAUCGUCAACGCCCAGGACAAGUCGGGAGAUACCGCUCUAAGCAUUGCGUCGCGAAUCGGGAACCGGAGUAUAAUAUCUCAACUGCUCGAGGUGGGCGCUGAUGCCAACAUUGCCAACGCAGCUGGUCUGAAGCCGUCCGACUUCGGAGUGGGUGCUGAGGAUGGAGAGGCUGGUGUCAAUGGCGAUGUAGAUGAUGCCGACAAGACGAGGGUCGCCAACCAUCAUGUGAGCCGAGAGAGCAGUGAUUCGAUCAUCACCUCAAUCACCCACCUCUUGAAUGAGACUUUAAGCAGUUUCCAUUGCGACCUCAAGAAGAAGCAGGCGGAUCUGGACUCCUUGCAUGCCUCAUUACGUUCGACGUCGACUCAGCUGGGCGAUGCUCGACGGACUCUGGAGUCUUUGCAAUCGGCAGCCAAAUCCCAGUCCUUGACGCGCCAAAAAAUAUUCAACCUCAGUCGAGGCCGUGAGGAAGAGCAAAAGCGUCUAGCGCGCCUUGAGCAGAGCCAUGGCCAUCUAAAUGCCAGCGGCUCGUGGGAGGAGGACUUGAAGUCUCUAUCCCAGGAUAAUGGCGGAGAUCCACCGACUGUAGACACAUUACCCAGCGCCACGGUCCUACGAGCGCGCAUACAGGCUCUCCGGAACCGGACGGAGCUGACGAAGAACGGAGUGGCAUCGCUCAAGAGCCGGAGCAAAGACGUUGAGAUGAAAUAUCGACGAGUCGUGGCACUCUGUACGGGAGAAACGGAAGAUCAUAUCGACAGUACCAUUGAAGGUCUGCUACGGGCGGUCGAAAGUGAAAAGGGGGAUCUCGAGGUCGGGCGAGUGCGAAGGUUUCUCGGUGGCAUUGACACGAUCGUGCAAUAA